UGUGAUAGGUCUGAACAAGGUCCCAUGAAGCUUUUGAUAUCUUUCAUCGUCUUUGAUGGAAGCAGGGUACGGGUCAAGUUGCCGGAGGCAAUAUAUAUAGGCGUCCCAAGCCCACGAUGGUGGAAUUCUCUGUAUCACACAUUCGAACGGUUCUCUUUAAAUACUCUCAAUCUCCUCUCUCAAAUCUUACUUACUUCUACUUGUUUGUAAUAAUACUUGAGAUACUUUAUAUAUUAUGGCGGAACCAUCAGAACCACCGAGGAUGCCUGCUACUCCCCUAGAAACAUCAAUAAGUCCAGAUCGACAAUACCAAGCCAUUGGUGGAAACGCAUCACCAACCCUCACACGCACAGGCACAAAUAGAUCUCGAGCCCGUCGAGCAAGCACCCAAUCCGGCCUCCAUCGAACCGACACUCACCUCUCACAUAAAGAAACUCAUCGAGACCCCAAUCUCGACGUCAACCUCCCCUACCGUACCUUCACAGAAGAUGCCGAUCUCGCAGAAUACACAGUUGAGAAACCCGAAGGAGAAAUUGACGGCGGUCUCUCAGCAGAUGGUCACUCCCGUUACAAGCUCGUUACUUUUGUCCCCAACGAUCCAGAAAACCCCAAGAAUUGGUCAAAAGCGUAUAAAUGGUACUGCACAAUGGUCGUUGCUAUCACUUGUUUCGUGGUAGCGUUCUGUUCCAGUGUUGUUACAGCUGAUAUAUUGGGCGUGGAGAAAGAGUUCCAUGUUUCUGAAGAAGUUGGACUUUUGACCAUCACUCUAUUCGUUGUUGGUUUCGGCGUUGGCCCCAUGGUCUUCGCACCUCUCUCCGAAGUCCUCGGUCGACGUCUCAUCUACGGUAGUACUCUCCUACUCGCCGUCAUAUUCAUUAUUCCUUGCGCGGUCUCCAAAAACAUCGGCACCCUCCUCGUCUGCCGAGCCAUCGAUGGAAUCGCCUUCUCAGCCCCAAUGACACUCGUUGGCGGUACGCUCGCCGAUCUCUGGCGCACAGAAGAGCGCGGUGUCCCCAUGGCCGCCUUUUCCGCCGCACCCUUCAUCGGUCCCGCCAUCGGUCCUCUCGUCGGUGGCUUCCUCUCUGAUGCCGCUGGCUGGAGAUGGCUAUACUGGAUCCAACUCAUCCUCGCCGGCAUCGUCUGGUUCCUCAUAACUUUCACGGUUCCCGAAACCUACGCACCGACCAUCCUCGCUGCGCGAGCCAAGAAACUCCGCAAAACAACAAACGACCAAAUGCACGUCACGGAACAAGACCUCGACGAAAGACCCUUCACAGAACGUCUCUGGAUCUUCCUCGUUCGUCCCGUUCAACUCCUCUUCCUGGAACCAAUCGUCUUCCUCGUCUCGGUCUAUAUGUCUGUCUUGUACGGGCUCCUCUAUAUGUUCUUCGUUGCCUACCCCAUUAUCUUCCAAGAAGGAAAAGGCUACACAGCUGGCAUCACGGGCCUAAUGUUCAUCCCGCUCGCCAUCGGCGUCCUGCUAUCCGCAUGCUGCGCUCCAUUCGUCAACAAACACUACCUCUACAUGUGCAAGAAACACAACGGCAGCCCGCCCGCCGAAGUUAGAUUGAUCCCGAUGAUGAUCUCCUGCUGGCUGAUCCCCGUCGGACUCUUCAUCUUCGCCUGGUCCUCGUACCCGCACCUCUCGUACUGGGGCCCCAUGAUGGGCGGCUUCCCUGUUGGUUUCGGGUUCAUCUUCCUCUACAACAGUGCCAACAACUACCUGGUAGACAGCUAUCAACAUCAAGCCGCCUCCGCGCUCGCAGCUAAGACAUUCCUCCGAUCCUUCUGGGGCGCGGGUGUCGUGUUGUUUACUACCCAAAUGUAUGCCCGAUUGGGAUAUCAAUGGGCAAGCAGUCUACUGGCGUUUAUAGCGCUAGGUUGUUGUGCGAUACCGUACGUGUUUUACUUCUUCGGGGCGCAGAUUCGGAAGAGGAGUAAGUUUGCGUACUCCGGGGAUGAUGAGGAGAAUUUGGGGAAGAGCGGUGGGGGGAAUGAGGCGAGUGAUACGGAGUUGGAGAGGCAGAGGAGUUAUGCUAGUGUGCCUUGAAGAGGGGAAAGAGAGCAUUGGAGGUGGUGGGACUUUCCGCUCUUGGGAAUAAAAAUUAUUGGGAGCGUUGUCUCUACUAUGUCAAGAAGGAGGGUGAAGGCUCUCCUGGGGAUGGGAGAACAGGUGAUGUAGUAAUGGUAGACGAG